CCGUCGCGACGCGCUUUCAGGCUUUUCUGCGGGGCGUCGAGAUCUACAGGGUGAACAGUUAGUUCCCUGGUAAACAUUGCGCGACUUUGAAAUCUGCGUUGGCCUCGCACUGUUGCCGUUUCCCGCUUUGUUUCCAGCCAACUUUGAAAAAACUGCGAAACAAUGCGCUAAAAGUUUGCGAAAGUCCGAGUGCCGUCGUGUGUCGACUAACUGGCGAAACUUAUUAUCCAUGCCCAAGCUUGAAUUAGCGACCGUUUAACGAUAUCAUUGACUUAGUGACUGAGCCCUAGAAAGUCAAAGGGCUCGAGAUCACAUGAGCUCGGAGCUGCUAAGCAGCUCAGCCCGUCCUCUUUUGGGGACAUGCGUGAGCUAGACUGCCAGCUACGGAACUAUUUCCAGAGAGACUGUUCCUACAUUCAUGUGCUCUCCCUGUCCUACAUUGACGAGCUGGAGAAGAGGAUUCCUCUCACAGCGCAGACGCUCUACUGCGCAGAACUGGAGGAGUUGCAGGAAUUGCUCCACUUCCCUGAAGAAGUCGCUCUUCGAUUGGCCGACAGCGAAUACCAACUCUUCUACCAGGUUCCACCUAUCGACUAUCUGCGGCAGGUGACGGCCGAUUUGGGUGGCACCACUGGUACCUCUGAGGCCAAUUGCUCUGCACAAAGUUCCUCAACAUCCAAGUCAUCGAUUGGCACUCUUAUAAAGAGAUUUGAUGAGGUUAGUGCUUGGGUGACCCAACUGAUCAUAUCGCAGCCAACUCACGAUGCAAGAAGAGCAGUGGUUUCGUGCAUCCUGCGAGUGGCUCUGUCCUCAUGGAACAUUGGAAACUUCAUGGGAGCAAUGGAAAUCAUCGCCGCUUUCAACUCGAAUAAACUCAAGCCGUUCUGGCUGUCCAUCACCGAAAAAGACACCCUCCCGAUCCUCAACUUCUUGAACGCGGCCCUUUACUCUGUAGAGUAUGAUCGGGCCCUUAGCAGGGCGCUUGCGAUGGCCGAGUGCCCAGUGGUGCCCUUUUUCGGCGCUUUCCUGCAUGAGUUGCGGGAGAUUUUGGCCACCAGAACUCCUGAGGGCCUGCCGAUUGGGAAGCCCCCGAAAGGGGCCAGACCCGACCAGUCGCAGCAAAGACAAGUGGGUUUGGUACAGCGGGCUGUACUGGCUAAUCCGCGGCAUAUCUAGGCUUAAUAAUCUCUGUGAUAAACGAUUGUUAUGGUUAAGGGAACAAUACUUGCAAUUAUACCAUGAAGAUGGGUACUGUUGCGGACCAUUGGCAGCGGACGCCAUAAGGUCUUUUGGAGGUAGAGACUGGUCACUAGCUGGGACAAAACCAGGCAGCAAUCAAUCAGGCGAAGCUUCCGGUUUGAGACGUGAGGUUUCGAUGAAAAUAAAAAAGAAGCAGAUUUUGAGCAACCAGGCGUUCAAAGUGACCAAAGACAAAAGCUUGAAAUCGUCCUUUAUUGAGCCGGCCACAAUGUGCAUGGAAAGCAGCUACUGGAGGAAUCCAACUCAUCAUCGGCAAUCGACUCCAACCAGCUUCGGAGCUGAGCACCAGCCGGACGUAGCUAGACAUCACAGUUUGGGUCAGCUAGCGUAUCCAUCGUCCAGCAAUCAGCCGAAGUUUGAAAGGGACCGGCAUGGAUCUACUGAGCAUUUAUGGCACGGUCGACAUCCGCGAGUUGGCUCAAUUUUAUAUGAUACUCAGCUAGAUUUUGUAGAUUUUGUAACGCUCUUUCGCUCCUUUAGUUUACUAAUUCGCAAAGAUCUCAGAGAUUUAUUCGAACAAUUAGCAAUAUCUUAUAGAAGCAUGGCUGUGAAUACUACUAAGAUAAACGGAGUCAAAUCGAAAUCAUCGGACGAACAUGCGAGAAAACCCACCAAAUUCGGGCUCCUGACGCGGAACAGCAGACAGGAAAUUGAGGGCCAAGUGGUCAAUAUGCAGAAGAAGGUCUUCGACGCGAUAGCAGCGGCCAGCAUCUUCACUAACUGUGCAGGAAUCGACACGAAUAACUCGCAAGUUAUCACGCUGUCGACGUUUACCAAGUUUCUGGAAACGAGGCAAAUGGAGACGAAGACCGAGGAGGAAAUCAAGGCGCUAAUCCAUAGACACGAGCCCGAUGCUACUCUAAGAGCGCAAGAUUGCCUGUCCUUCGAAGGAUUCGCCCGCUAUCUAAUGGACAAAGACAAUUUCGCCUUUGUGCCUGAAUGCGAAGUGCCAAACGAGGAGGAAAUGAGACGUCCUUUUUCCACUUAUUACAUUGCUUCGUCCCACAACACGUACCUGACGGGGCAUCAGCUGAAGGGCGAGUCUUCCAUCGAGCUCUACAGCCAGGUUCUGCUGUCUGGUUGUCGAUGCGUUGAGCUGGACUGUUGGGACGGCGAAGAUGGAUACCCGAUGAUUUAUCAUGGACACACUUUCACCACCAAAAUCCCCUUCACUUCGGUGGUGGAAACCAUCCAGAAGAACGCGUUCGUCAUCUCUCCUUACCCGGUUAUACUUUCCAUUGAAAAUCACUGCUCGAUGCAGCAGCAGACCAGAAUGGCCCAUAUUUUCCAGGUGGCGUUGAGCGACCCUACCACCUCGAAGCAGUCUGGAAAAUCGCAUCCCCCGCCAAGAGCGAAGCUCAACUCGGAAAAAGACUUCAGCGGCUUGACCAUCGGCUCGAAAAAGUCCCGUGAAGUGCACUCAGAGGGCGAGACGUUGUCUGAUGAGGAGUCGAAGGAUGGCGAAAUUCUGUCGGCCGUCUCGCGAUUGAAAAAGGUUUCCAUGCGAAAAUUCAAGGAGUGGAAGUCCUGACUAAGCGAAUAGGCGCCAACUUUAGAGCUUAUCACACUGUCGUAGGAGCCUUUUCUUUUAGUCACUGUUUAUUUAUGUGGUUCAUUAUAGCCGUUUGGUGCUACCAACUGAUAUUGAUUGAGCAAGAUUUUGCGCUUUCCACGAAUACAGUCCAGCAAAAACGAUCUUCAAAAAUGAUAUUAUGUGAAAAGAGGCAGGCUUUGCGGGCAAUGCUCGAAACUGGUGAGUUUUUCGGGCUUUUAGGCUGUUGCGGUUCAGAGGUGCAAAAGCCUGAAGAACUCAGCAGUGAUAUUAUGCAAUUACGAGGGAUCCUCCAAAAAGGGCCAGAUUAUAAACGAUCAAUUUGCUUCUUUUUUACCAUUUAUCGAGACACUUUAAAACAAAAACCCCACUAAUUGUUUCCCAUUUCUAGUUAAGUUUGUACUUUAUCGACUAAUUGUUUCGUAUUUUAUAAAUGUAUAAAAUAGUUAUUAUAUGAACACACUAAGAAACUACAACAAAUAAAUAUUAUAUUAAUAUUUGGAUUAUGAAAACCUAUAGAGUUAACAGAAAUAUAUAUAUUUAAAGUAACUUUUCGCACUUGUACUUAUCUUAAGUAAGGCGUGAACUAUUGUUAAGAUGGAAAUUAUUUAUUUAUUAUGGACACAGCCAGGGGUGGUCUGGCCGUUCAAGCAGAUCGCAUUGCUGUGUUCAAUUAACUGUUGUUUAUUUUAUAUAAAGUAUCUUUACCGAUAGGUCUAUUUAAGAAGUUGGCAGUAAACUAGCAAGAGUUUCCCAUAGAAUAAGGCUCUUAUCCUGUUAUCAUAUCGCAUGUUUCGUUUUACUGAACUAAUGCAAUUGGCUUAAUUUCAUAAGCGAUUGGUUUGGUGAGGAGCAAUAUCACUCUUUAUAUGACCACUUUAUCCUUCUUUGUAUACGAACUGUUUAACCACACAAUUUUAAAACAAUUAUAAAGUGAACUUGACUAAUUUGUAUGAUUGCUACUCUAUUGUAUAAUUCAGUACAAAAUAAAUUGUUUUUAUGACAUAUGUAAAAAG